AUUUGGGAAAUGGACGCUUAUGAAAAAUUGGAGGAAAUUGGCAGCGGAUCGUUCGGGUCAGUCUCAAAAAUUCGCAGAAAAAGUGAUGGCAAAAUCCUCUGCUGGAAGGAACUCAAUUAUGGAAGAAUGAAAGACAAAGAAAAGCAGCAAAUUGUUGCUGAGGUUAAUAUCCUACGUGAGCUAAAGCAUCAGAACAUUGUUAAAUACUACGACAGAAUUAUUGACAAAUCUAAAGCAAAAAUAUACAUUGUCAUGGAAUACUGUGAGAACGGAGACAUGGCUAAACUUAUAAAGAAUUGUAAGAGGAACAAGGAUUAUGUUGGCGAAAAAAUCGUCUGGAAAAUCCUUUCACAAAUCGCAUACGCUCUAUACAACUGUCAUAAUAGGAAGGGAGGAAAGAUCCUACACAGAGACAUCAAACCCGGAAAUGUCUUCCUUGAUAAGAAUAAUAAUGUUAAAAUAGGAGACUUCGGACUCUCCAGAGUUAUGGGGGUAGAUUCAAUGUACGCAGUCACGAGAGUUGGGACUCCAUACUAUAUGUCUCCUGAGCAAAUUAAUGCCAAGAAAUAUAAUGAUAAGAGCGAUAUUUGGUCUCUUGGAUGAGUUAUAUACGAAAUUGCCGCUCUCCGGCCUCCUUUCAGGGCUACAAAUCAGAUGGCUCUGGCCUUAAAAAUUAAGGAGGGGAAGGUAGAUGAUCUUCCUAAGCAAUAUUCCCCUGCAUUACAGGAGAUUAUCAUGUGAAUGCUUCAGAGAGACCCUGAUAAGAGGCCUUCCAUCGAUGACAUUAUUCAAAACCCUCAAGUCACUGUUUGCCUUAGAGAGAAAAAGAUUAAAGAGGAAUACACAAUGAUGAAGAGAAGGGAAGAAGAAAUGUCAAAGAAAGAAGAAGAACUAAAAAAUAGAGAGAGCGAGUUAGAUAGGAUAGAAGAAAAACUAAAUAGAAGGGAUGAAGAGCAAAACAGAAGAGAAGAAGAGCUCAAACAAAAAGCCAGUAAACUGGAAGAGCUCGAGCACAAUCUUCUUUCUCUUAGGACGAGCAUGGAAAGUGCCCAAAUGAAUAUGCAAAUGAACACUUCGAGUAGUAGGAAUAAUAUUAGCACUAUUAGUAGCAAUCUCAGUGCAUUGAAGAAUAGUGCAAGAAAAAGUGAUUUUGCAAGGUAUAGUAGAGAUAGAUCAUUUACUAAGGCUUCGACUGCUUCUUCUAAAAAGAAACCACCAACUAUCAGGAAAUCUUUUAGAGAAAACUCAGUUGGAUCAAAGCUAAGAUACCAAUUGAACAAGGAAAAUGUGAUGCCGAAUAAGGCUUUUCCUACUAAAUAUAACCUAUCAGGAUAUAUAAAGUAUAAAGAUAGGAAGAGUUCACGUAAUAGGGAGACUUCUUCGAGUCACACAGAGUUUAGGCCUCCCCUAAGUAGCUAUACAAAGCAAUAAUUCUGUUCUCAUAGAGAUUAUUCUUACUCUCAA